AUGUCGGACGAGAAGAUCGGUUACAAGCGGGUCCCUUCCGAUGACAGCGAAGAGGAGGAGAGCAAGGCUGACUUGGAGGAUCGUGGCUCCUCUUCCGGGCACUCCGAGCACUCGGAGCGCUCCCGGGGCUUGCAAGAUACGCUCAGCGCCUCUCUGCAGCCCGCCAUCGUCAAGGCUUCUGAGUCGGUCAAGACAGAAUGGAAGAAGCUGUCCACGGAAGAGAAGCGGGUGCAGGUCCUUGCCGGGAGGGCACUUCGGACACUCAACGAGAAAGCUAAGUUGCUCAUUACCGUGGAGAAUGAUUCCGUCUAUGGAGCUGCGUUGGCUUUGCCACAGAUCGCUCGCACCGCUGGGUGGAGCUUGGAGUACACCAGCCUGGCUUGCCACAGUAUGAUGUUCCUUUUUACGAACGUCCUCCUUCAAGGAUUUCUCCUUUACAUGCUGACGAAAGAGCUGCGAACACUGGACAAGUUUGGAGGGCAGAUGCACCUUUGCGACUUCGGCGCGCACUCUGGAGACUGCCCCGAGGGCACGAAUUGCAUCGGACCCGGUGGGACGGCUUACACACCCGAGCGCUUGUACGACUGGAAACUUUGGACUACCCGGGUCUUUGUCCGCGACUCGCUGAAGGCGCUCUUCCCAGACAGGACGGAUGACAUCGAGGAGAUGGUGGAUCCUGGAGAAUAUGGUCUUGAGAGCUACUAUCUUCGAAUGAUUUGCUGCUUCAUUUUCGUGCUGGGUCUUUGGCCAGACCUGGCUGGCUCCUGGGACAUCAUGGCGCUCCUCAUCGGAGUGCCCACAGCUUCAGAGCCGUGGAUACUGGAGACAGACUGGGAGGAGCUUCGAAGGCAAGGCAGCGAGGAUGUCGUUGAUGACUGGCGGAUGAACUUUGUGCGCUUCCGAGUUGGAGGUGUUCCACUUCACUGGAAGAUGAUUAACUUCUUCGUAAUCCUGUGUCCAAAGCUGUACAUCUGGAUACUGACAGUGGACAUCGGGAUCGUUUUCCUCAUGGAGACUUCUGAAAUAGAGGACAUGAUCAUCAAUUGCGUAGCGCUUGCGUUCAUCUUGAACAUUGAUGAGCUCACGAUGACGAUGCUGCCUAGCCAAACCAAAGCCAUCCUUGAGAUGCUUGAGGGCUGCCCUUCAAAAAAGCGAGAGAGGAUCUCUCUGCAACAGGAUUUCGUCCUGCACGAGGAAGGCAAGAAGUGGAGCUUGUUCUCGCCCGGGCUCAUCGGCUACAUCAUCCCAGCGCGGCUCUGCUUUCUUCUGGCCGUGACUGCUUUCUUCCUCGGGAACUACUACCUGGAAGCUUGCAUCCGAUUGGAGGAUGGCUCAUGGGUCGCCAAGGAUCUGCACCUGCCACGCUCAGAUGGCUUGCCCUUUCUGACGUUCUUCUUCGAGCCAUUUCCCAACUUGUUCCCAGUAGACACGGAGAAAGACGCUGCUUGGAAGUUCCACAUUGCAGAGUCCACUUGA